AUGUACGCUGGAGAUGUAAAAGCAAUGGCUGCCACCCAUGCUGAUGUUAAGGAGUAUCCGAACGGUUACGUGUUCGUCAUCAACAUGCCUGGCAUGAAAGAUGGGGACAUUAAGGUGCAGGUGAAGGAGGACAAUGUGUUAAUCAUUAGCGGCUAUAGGAAGAGGGAGGAGGAGAGAGAAGGGGUUGAGUAUUUGAGUACGGAGAGAAGAGUCGGAAAGUUCAUGCGCAGGUUUUCGCUUCCAGACGAUGCCAACUCUGAUGUCAUAUCUGUCAUGGACCAUAAUGGUGUGCUCACCGUUACCAUCAAGAAGUUGCCUCCGAUGUCAAGUUUGAUUAAUAGAACAUGUACAAUUCUUUUAAGGAGGUCCAACAAGAGAUGA